AUGCGUGCCAAUAGGAUCAACCAGAGCUUGUCGGCGGGGGAAGCACCGCAUGUACUAUUGAGAGCCUCACGCGGGAUAAUAUAGGGCAGUUACUAAGUCCAACAUCCAGCUAAGGACCGGCCUCUCGUAUUACGGCUGGAGUUGUGUUACACCUUGCUUGAUAUGGAAUUACAGUCCGAGAUACUGGGGCUGGAUCAACAGGAAUCAACAUGCAGAAAAGGAACCAGGCUGUCACACACACCUCUCUUAAAGCCAAUCGGACUUGAAAUGCCUCACGUCAGCGACCUCGGAUUCCUCCUUGUCGAGUAUAUAUAUGCUGAACCAGCCGUCACUCUUCCCUUUGACCAGGGCCCCAUAACCAUCCUCACGGAAACUACAACUCAACAUGGUCAAACAACAGUCUUCGUGGUCUUGUCGCUUGCCGACCCUGAUACGCACAGCUCUGAUUCUCUCAGCUGCCCCCUCCUGGCCGUCACGGCCACAGACAACAAGGCCAGAGAAACACCAUGGAUCGGUUGGGGUGGCAGCAACUACAACAGCCGUUGGGCUUCGACUAAUACCAAGAUAUCUUCUUCCAACAUCCAAAGCCUUUCCGAGCACUGCCAUGUCCCCGGCUAUGUGGGUGGCAUAACCGCAACGCCCUCCGUUGUAGAAGGAAUCGCCUAUUUCCCUGCCUGGAACGGCUCUCUCGUAGCCUUCGAUUACACAUCCUGCAAGGUCAAAUGGGACAUCAACGUCACCCAAGUGAUCCUCGACUAUGCCCCCGCCGAUCCCCUUCAAGCCGCCGUUGCGCCUUAUCCAAUUUCUCGGACUACCCCUCAGCUUGAUCUGGACAACAACAUCAUCUACUUUGCAACCCUCUGGAACGCCCUCCUUGUUGCCGCCGACCUCAAGACAGGCAAAGUCCUUGCCACCCACCGAAUCAACGCCCACCCUUUGGCCCAAGUCACCCAAUCACACACGCUACUAGGCGACAUCAUCUACUCAGGCGCCGCGUCCGCGGAAGAGAGUGUCGGAUUUCUCCCCGGCGUCAACUACACCUGCUGCACCUUCAUCGGCAACGCCAUCGCAGUCCGCUUCAACCGCAAAGCCAAAAAGUUCACCACCCUGUGGGACGUGCCCAUGAUGCCUCCCAACGACGACCCUUCCGAACCAGGCUUCUGGUCCGGCAGCGCCAUAUGGGGAAGUCAGCCGUCCAUCGAUCCCAAGCGCAACACCAUCUUCUACGCGACCGGUAACCUCUACAGCGUGCCGGACCCGUGGCUAGCCUGCACCGCCGACCCAGCUCACCCCACAUGCGAGCUUCCAUCAAGGGUCUGGCAAGAAGCGGUGGUAGCCCUCGACUUGAAGACAGGGAACGUCAAGUGGGUGCACCGUCUUGUAGUCUUGGACGCAUGGAGCGUCGCGUGUCUGAAUGCUACUUUCGACGCCGGACUGUGUCCACAAACACCGGGUCCAGAUGCGGACUUUGGUAUGGCGCCCGCUUUUGUCCCUCGCGGGGGGAAGAAAGGCAAAGAUGUUGUUGUCGUCGGGCAGAAGAACGGAAAUCUGUACAGUUUGGCAGCUGACACGGGCGAUCUCGAGUGGGCGGUGUCUACAGGGCCGGGAGGUCAAGGUGGCGGGUUGACUUGGGGCAUUGCGGUUGAUGACAAGAGGGUGUAUUACGUUACCGUCAACUCGGAGAGUGGGACGUGGACUCCUGCGCCGCAACCGGGGUCGGGACCGGGGAGGAGUACCAACGGAAGCGCGUAUGGGGCCGCCGACUUGGAGACGGGGGAGAUUCUGUGGGAAACGCCAGCACCCGAUAACUGGUUGGUAGGAAAUCCACCUACUGUUGUGGGUGAUUUGGUACUCCUUGGGAGGAAGGUUGACACGCCAGCAGAAGGCCAUCUUGUGGUGUUGCGGAAGUCAACCGGGGAGAUCAUACUGGACAAACCCCUUGACUCCCACUUCACUGGCGGCAUUGCAGUGGCUGGAAAGAGUCUGCUGUUUGGGACUGGGUUUCAUGGGGUGAUUCCUGGAUCAUUCUACGUGUUGUCUGUGAACUAAAACCGUUCGCACUCAUGGCCAUGUCACGCUCUUGGGCAGCCCUUGGGAAGGCGUCUGUAACGUAUUUGCAGGUUCACAACAAGAAAGGUAGCUAGUCAUGACUU